UUCUGGCUCCGCAGGGGCCGGUCCUCCGAAGAUGGAGGGUGGUGUCAGCUUACCGCGCCCACAGGGUCUCCUUAGCUUCUACCUUACAGAUGUGUAGGCAGGCCACUCGGCCCAGGAACGCAGCUCUCUGAUCCUCUCCCUAUGCUCUCCCCCGCCCCCUGAACCAGGCUUGGCGGGCAGAGGCGCCCGCGGAUGUCCCGUGCGAAGAUCGUUCUGUCGCUAAGCCUGACUCUCCGCUCCGCCCGAAUUCUCUGUAGAGCCCAGUUUAUGGAGGGGCAGGCCCAAGGACCGGCGAAUCCAGCCGCGAUGGAGAACGGCACCGGGCCCUGCGGAGAAGAGCGCCCACCUGAGGCUCAGGAGACGACGGUCACCGAGGGGGCCGCAAAGAUCGUCUUCCCCAGCGCCAACGAAGUCUUCUACAACCCAGUGCAGGAGUUCAACCGGGACCUGACGUGUGCUGUGAUCACCGAGUUUGCUCGCAUCCAGCUUGGGGCUAAAGGAAUCCAGAUCAAGGUGCCAGGUGAGAAGGACGUGCAAAAGGUGGUCGUGGACUUGUCGGAGCGAGAGGAGGACAAGGCUGAACUGAAAGAGGCUGCAGACCCGGCCCCAGGAGACCAACCUCGAACAGCCGCUGUCGGGGAGAUCUGUGAGGAGGGCCUGCGAGUGCUGGAGGGCCUGGCAGCUUCGGGCCUCCGUUCCAUUCGCUUUGCCCGAGAGGUGCCUGGACUCCGAUCUGUGAUUGCCAAUGAUGCCUCUGCCCAAGCCGUGGAUCUCAUGCGCCGUAAUGUGCAGCUCAACAAUGUGGCCCAUCUGGUGCAGACCAGCCAGGCAGACGCCCGAAUGCUGAUGUACCAGCACCAGAGGGUGUCGGAGCGCUUCGAUGUCAUCGACCUGGACCCCUACGGCAGCCCUGCCGCCUUCCUGGACGCAGCGGUGCAGGCUGUGAGUGAAGGAGGGCUGCUGUGCGUGACCUGCACGGACAUGGCAGUGCUGGCGGGGAACAGCGGCGAGACGUGCUACAGCAAGUACGGGGCAAUGGCCCUAAAGAGCCGGGCCUGCCACGAGAUGGCCCUGAGGAUCGUCCUGCAUAGCAUGGACCUGCGAGCCAACUGCUACCAGCGCUUCGUGGUGCCACUGCUCAGCGUCAGCGCUGACUUCUACGUGCGUGUUUUUGUCCGUGUCUUCACCGGCCAGGCCAAGGUCAAGGCCUCAGCCAGCAAACAGGCACUGGUGUUCCAGUGUGUGGGCUGCGGGGCCUUCCACCUCCAGCACCUCAGCAAGGCUUCAGGAGCCUCUGGUGGCCGGGUCAAGUUCUCUGCAGCGUGUGGUCCCCCUGUGGCCCCCGAGUGUGAGCACUGCGGGCAACGACACCAGCUCGGCGGCCCGCUGUGGGCGGGGCCCAUUCACGACCUGGACUUCGUGGGCCGCGUCCUGGAGGCUGUGAGCUCCAACCCCCGCCGCUUCCACACCUCGGAGCGGAUCCGCGGGGUCCUGAGCGUUGUCACGGAGGAGCUCCCGGAUGUGCCUCUCUACUACACGCUGGACCAGCUGAGCAGCACCAUCCACUGCAACACGCCCAGCCUGCUGCAGCUGCGGUCAGCCCUCCUCCACGCUGGCUUCCGGGUCUCGCUCUCCCACGCCUGUAAGAACGCCAUCAAGACCGACGCCCCCUCCUCAGCCCUCUGGGACAUAAUGCGCUGCUGGGAGAAGGAGUGUCCAGUGAAACGGGAGCGGCUGUCAGAGACCAGCCCGGCGUUCCGCAUUCUCAGUGUGGAGCCCAGGCUUCAGGCCAACUUCACCAUCCGGGACGAUGCCAACCCCAGCUCCCGCCAGCGAGGACUCAGGCGCUUCCAGGCCAACCCCGAGGCCAACUGGGGCCCCAGGGCCCGCGCCCGGCCAGGGGGCAGGGCCGCAAGCGGAGCUAUGGAGGCCAGACGCAGGCUGCUCCAGAAUAAGCGGAAGGAGCCGGCUGAGGACCCGGCCCAGCGGGCUGCCCGGCUCAAGACCUUUUCCUGCAAGCGGUUCAGGGAGGGCACCUGCGAACGGGGGGGACCAGUGCUGCUACUCCCACAGCGCCCCGCCGCCCCCCGCCGACUGUCCAGAGACCCCUGACCAGAACACCCCUGCGCCUGGGGCCGCCACUGGUCCAGGCGUGGACUGAACCAAUAAAGAGAUGUCACCUUCCCCUGACUGUCGUUUGUCUGAGGAGGG